CACGCCGUGGAGCCGGCGACUGCGGAGAGAAGCCCGGAGCUCACCGGGGAGCAGCCUUUAGGUGCUUCAGCACUGCAGACAUGGCAGAGUUUGGGAUCUCGGCUGGCCAGCGUGUGGCCGUGGUCUGGGAUAAGUCAUCCCCUGUGGAAGCCCUGAAAGAGCUGGUGAAUAACCUUCAAGUGCUGACCGGCAGCGAAGGCCAGGUGUCCGUGGAAAACAUCAACCAGCUGCUGCAGUCUGCUCACAAGGAAUCCAGCUUUGACGUUAUUAUGUCAGGAGUCAUCCCAGGAAGUGCCAGUCUGCACAGCGCUGAGAUUCUGGCAGAAAUGGCCCGGGUCCUUCGUCCUGGGGGAUGCCUUUUCCUGAAAGAGCCCGUAGAAACUGCUGUAGUUAACAAUAGCAAAGUGAGGACAGCAUCUAAACUGUGUUCAGCCCUGACUCUUUCUGGCCUUGUGGAAGUAAAAGAGCUGCAGCGAGAGGCCCUGAGCCCUGAGGAGAUGCAGUCUGUGCAGGAACACCUAGGGUGCAGCGGUGACAGCCUGCUCUCUGUUCAGAUCGCCGGCAAAAAGCCCAACUUCGAAGUGGGUUCCUCCAGUCAGCUUAAGCUUUCCAUCGGCAAGAAGUCUCCUUCAGUGAAGCCUCCUGUGGACCCGGCUGCUGCCAAGCUCUGGACCUUGUCAGCCAAUGACAUGGAGGAUGGGAGCGUGGAUCUCAUUGACUCUGAUGAACUGCUGGAUCCAGAAGAUUUGCAAAAGCCUGAUCCAGCGUCCCUGCGGGCUCCUUCAUGUGGAGAAGGGAAGAAGAGAAAAGCCUGUAAGAACUGCACUUGCGGUCUCGCAGAAGAGCUGGAAAAGGAGAAGUCCAAGAGCCAGAGCUCGCAGCCCAAGUCAGCCUGUGGAAAUUGCUACCUGGGCGAUGCCUUCCGCUGUGCCAGCUGCCCUUACCUUGGGAUGCCAGCCUUCAAACCUGGGGAACAGGUGCUUCUGAGCAACAGCAACCUUCACGAUGCCUAGGGAGACCCUACAGGACUCAGCUCCUCCUUCAACUCCUGCCCCACAUCCCUCCCACCACUGUGGGCCCUCCUGCCCAGUUCCUCACUCCCUGUUGAAAUCAUUUGGGGGGAGGGUAGCCAGCUGGGGGAGCUACGUGGUGUUUAGUGCUGCUAUGAGUGACUGACCAAGGCCUGAGGGGCUGUGAACUGCGGAAGUCCUUCUUGUGUUCCAGUGGGGGCCCUGCCCCCACGGUGACUCAGUGAUGCGGCCUUGUCCUCCCGGGGAGCGAGGUCACUCAUUGCAGUUCUUGGAGCCAUGAGCCAACUACCUCAUGGCCUCAGCACCGAAGGAAUCACUCACUGGUUCCUGUGGUCCCACCCGUGUCCCUGUAGUGUCACAUCGGUGUCCUGUCAUCAUUUCUGUUAACCAACAAGUACUAAACUUGCACACUGUGUGUCCGUGGUCA